GUGCGGCUGCUGUCAUUGACCCGACGUCGCUGCAAAACCGAAGUCGCCAAGUGAUGAUGUUGUGAAGUCUCUCGCCCGUCCCUGCCACGCCCGGGCAAUUACUGGCAGCGGCGGCCGCUUCGGCUGCUGCUCUCAGGCUGCCGCCGCUUUAGUCUUCUUCCUGAGAGAGCGCCGGCGGAGGACGGAGGUAGCAGGGCCAUCCUGUCAUGACCAUCCAAGGUAUGAUAAUCACAUGAGAACACUCAUUGCUCCAGAUGUCAUUUGACUCAUCAGAAAAAAUCUGUUUAAAAGAAAAUAUCCAUUUGACCAGAUCCUUUCUUUAUUGAAUGGCUUGAUGGCUUCUCUUUCCUCUGAUUCAAACCAAAGCUGUCCUUCUCAACCAAAGCAAAAAAGGAGCUUGCAUGAAUCAAUCCCAGAAUGCCAAUUUUACAUCACCGACAGGUGAAGAAAACCUCAUGAAUAUCAAUCACAGAGACUCAGAGAGCAUCACUGAUGUCUGCUCCAAUGAAGAUCUCCCUGAAGUUGAACUGGUAAGCCUGCUGGAAGAACAGCUACCCCAAUAUAAGCUGAGAGUGGACUCUCUCUUUCUAUAUGAAAAUCAAGACUGGACUCAGUCCCCACAACAGCAGCAGCAUGCGUCUGAUGACCUCUCUCCAGUCCUUGCUGAAGAGACUUUCCGUUAUAUGAUUCUAGGUACAGACAGGGUGGAGCAGAUGACCAAAACUUACAAUGACAUUGACAUGGUUACACACCUCCUGGCUGAGAGAGAUCGUGAUCUGGAGCUAGCUGCUCGAAUUGGACAAGCUCUCUUAAAGCGGAACCAUGUCUUGUCUGAGCAGAAUGAAGCCCUGGAGGAGCAAUUGGGACAAGCCUUUGAUCAAGUUAAUCAGCUGCAGCAUGAGCUCUCCAAGAAAGAUGAGUUACUUCGAAUUGUCUCCAUUGCUUCUGAAGAGAGUGAGACUGAUUCCAGCUGUUCUACACCUCUUCGGUUCAAUGAGUCCUUUAACUUAUCUCAAGGUUUGCUGCAGUUGGAUAUGCUGCAGGAAAAGCUCAAGGAACUGGAAGAAGAGAACAUGGUUCUUCGAUCGAAGGCUUGUCACAUAAAGACAGAAACUAUUACCUAUGAAGAGAAGGAACAGCAGCUUGUUAGUGACUGUGUUAAAGAACUUCGUGAAACAAAUGCUCAGAUGUCCAGAAUGACUGAAGAAUUGUCUGGCAAGAGUGAUGAACUGAUUCGAUACCAAGAAGAGAUCUCCUCUCUCUUGUCUCAGAUUGUAGAUCUUCAGCACAAAGUUAAAGAACAUGUGAUUGAAAAGGAAGAACUGAGACUUCACCUCCAAGCUUCCAAAGAUGCCCAAAGACAACUGACGAUGGAGCUGCAUGAGUUACAAGACAGGAACAUGGAGUGUCUGGGAAUGUUACACGAAUCCCAAGAAGAAAUAAAGGAACUUCGGAGUAGAUCUGGCCCUGCUGCUCAUCUCUACUUUUCCCCGUCCUAUGGAGUUUUUCCUGGGGAAUCUCUGGCAGCUGAGAUUGAGGGGACCAUGCGUAAGAAGCUGAGUUUGGAUGAGGAAUCUUCUCUCUUUAAACAAAAAGCCCAACAGAAACGGGUAUUUGAUACUGUCAAGGUUGCCAAUGACACACGGGGCCGCUCUAUCUCAUUCCCAGCUCUGCUACCCAUUCCAGGCUCCAACCGUUCAAGUGUUAUCAUGACAGCAAAACUUUUUGAGUCUGGUUUACAACAAACAGAGGACAAAACAAUCCUAAGCCAGGGGAACAACUCGGAGGAGGUUCCAGGGAACAUUCGGAAGGUGGAUCAACCAGGACCCUCUGCGGAGAGUGAUGUGGCUGCAGCCCUGCAUCGCCUGAGUCUGCGGCGACAGAACUACUUAAGUGAGAAGCAGUUCUUCGCUGAAGAAUGGGAGCGGAAGAUCCAGGUUCUGGCUGACCAGAAAGAAGGGGUUAGUGGCUGCGAGACCCCCACCGAGAGCCUUGCCUCUCUCUACACUGACCAGUCAGAGAUCACAGACCUCAGCAGUGCCAGUUGCCUUCGAGGUUUUAUGCCUGAAAAAUUACAAAUUGUCAAGCCCCUUGAAGGAUCACAGACUCUGCACCAGUGGCAGCAGCUUGCUCAACCAAAUUUAGGAACCAUUCUUGACCCACGACCAGGUGUCAUAACUAAAGGCUUUACCCAGUUGCCCCAGGAUGCCAUCUAUCACCUCUCAGAUUUGGAAGAGGAUGAAGAGGAAGGUAUCACUUUUCAGGUUCAGAAACCUUCAGAAGUCGAACAAAAACCACCAGUGUCGAAGCCAGUAACAGGAAUCUUCCUACCACCCAUGACUUCAGCUGGUGGUCCAGUUUCAGCUGCAACCUCAAACCCAGGAAAAUGUCUGUCAUGCACAAACUCGACGUUCACCUUUACCACCUGUAGGAUUUUACAUCCCUCAGAUAUCACUCAGGUUACCCCCAGCUCUGGCUUCCCCUCCUUAUCCUGUGGAAGUAGUGGUAGCAGUUCAUCAAACACGGCGGUGAAUUCUCCUGCUCUGUCCUAUAGACUCAGCAUCGGUGAGUCCAUCACCAAUCGACGAGAUUCCACCAUAACCUUCAGCAGCACCAUGAGCUUGGCCAAACUUCUGCAAGAGCGAGGCAUCUCUGCCAAAGUGUACCACAGUCCAGUUUCAGAGAUCCCCCUCCUCCAGCCUCUCCCCAGAGGCUUGGCUAUCCCUUCCACACCACCCAAUUCACCAUCUCACUCACCUUGCCCUUCUCCUUUGCCUGAUGAGCCUCGAGUACACCUCUCUGAAAAUUUUCUGGCCUCCCGACCAGCAGAAACAUUCCUCCAGGAGAGGUAUGGCUUGAGACCAUCCCGGAACCCUCCUGAUGUUGGCCAGUUGAAGAUGAACUUAGUGGACAGGCUGAAGAGACUGGGCAUAGCCAGAGUGAUCAAAACCCCUGAGGCCCAGAAAAAUGGAAGAAGCCAAGAGGCAGAAAAUGGUCUUCAAAGACCAAACUCUGCUGUUUAUUUAAGUUCAGGUAGCAAUUUAUUGAGUGGACUGAGGAGGAACCAGAGUCUUCCAGUCAUGAUGGGUAGCUUUGGCACCCCAGUUUGCACAUCUUCACCCAAAAUGGAUAUCCUGAAGGAGAAUUGAGGGUCAGCAGUUGGCUGACCUCUUAUACAAAUUAGCACAUGAAGGAAAGAUUUGCACUGAUACAUGUGGUCUUGUCUGAGAGAAGAGGCAUGUUGCAGAAGGGCUGUGGAUGUGGGAAAGGGAAAGUGAAAGAAUGGAAACAGAAAUGCGAUGUGGCCCCAAAGCAGGAGGUCUGUCUGAUAAAUUGAAAGUAUAAAUAAAUGGGUCACGAGUGUUUGGAGGCAGAGAAGGAUGAAAGUGUUAAUGUAGUCCUUCAGUUGUUUUUUCUUGUCUUGAAAAUAAAAAGUGACUAGAAAAUCAAUUCAGUAAUAUUGAAACAUACCAGAAAGACUGAACUUGCUAGCACAUUUACUUCUGGUGAGCAUAAGCAGGGAACCCAAGUUAUGAGAUGGGAGGGAAAAAGGCUACUUUGACCAUUGCCUGUUGAAAGCUGUUCUGGAAGGUUGCUGGAAGCUUGGCCUGUUACUGAGACAACAAUGAGAUGGCUUUUAUGUUGGCCUCUGUUAAGGUCUGGUUAAACUACAUACCCAUCAAGGAGUAGUUAUCAUACAAGGAAUUUUACCUUUUUCAUAAGAUCAGAAUAGUGGAGACUCCUUUUUUGCUUUCUCUUUUCGGGCCUUUGAGCCACUGGGAGCCCGAACAUCAUCCACAUUCCUUUUGUAUCUGUGAUUAACAAGAGUUCAUUUUUUUAAAUUUGUAUUUUUAUACAACAUCUGCCCAAAACAACAUGAGUAGUGGGUAGGAGAGAUUUACUUUAAGAAGGAAAAUAUGGGAAAUUGGAACCAAGGAGAGUUGUUUUCAAAAUAUUUUCUUCUGGAUAAGUGUAGUAGCCAAGGCACAUGAAAAUAAUUACGUGUCUUUCAAAUUUUCUUGGAGGCUGGAAGGGUUAAACCAGAAGUGCAAUCAAUAGGAAUUAGAGAAUGUUGUGUGUUUAUGUCUGUAAGUUUUUUUUGUAAGGAAGGUUGGUUGCAACUAUACUUUUUCCAAAAUGCACUAUGCAUAUUUUUAAUGAAAGAUGACAUGUAUUUGCACAAAAAUUCUCAGGCACAGUGAAUUAUUAUAAACUGAAGUAAAACCCAGGUGCUUGCUUUGAGAUUGUGUUUUUUUUUAAUACAAAAUAAAAUUAAAAUACAUCUGCCUUUUUCUUGAUAUCUGUAGAAUUAGAGAAUGAACUUUUUAAUUGGAAAGUCAAAGCUUUUGCUUUUUCUCUGAGAUUCCUUUUGUUUUGUUUUUUUAAACAAAUGAUGUGAAACAGCAAAGUGAAACUCCGGGAUUAGGUUUUAAGUUUCAGCUUUGAGCAGUGUGACGCAAGGCUGUGAAGUGGGAAGAAACAGAUCUGUUUUCUGAGUGUUGCUGACCAAGGUCUGCUCCUUGUCAGAUGGUCAGAUGAUGUGGCUUUAUCUCGGCAGUCCAGUUCAGAAAGAAAUGCCAUUCCAUGAAAGACAUGAUGGGGCGAAGAUGAAGGAGGGGCUAAUUAUUUUUGAAAAUGGGAAGCAUGUUAUUUGACCUUUUGAGUGCCUAAUUUGCAAAUGUUUUGCUCCCUUGUUCUGACUUAACUGAAGGGCGGUUUUCUGAAGAAUUCCUGAUGAGUGUUGCUCCUGUGACUCGCAUCCAGACCUGUUACAGGCCAGAGGAGGGUCCUUCUAUCCUCCUGAGCUCGCUCUCCUCAGGAAGAGCUCUGUGUUCAAAAGGGUUAAAAAAAAACACACAUGCAGUAGUAAGAAUGCGUGAGUUUUCCAUGCUUUUUAUGAUCUUUUAAUAAAACUUUCCUAAAUAAAUUUCUUAAAAACAAAAAGUUGAGACUGUCCUCUCUCCCCAUUCUCUCCCCUUUGCUCAGUCAUUCUGAAGUCAGCAGAUCUUACAUAGGUGUUCAGAAAGGAAUUCCAGCUGGUCUGGAAGUGGAUAUAAGUGUCCUGAUUGUGGACCAGAGGAAUUCCUGAUGUUUCAGUUUCGAAAAUAUUCCCAUUCACAUUUUAAAUGAUAAUAUUCGAGUUUCUAUUUUGAGAAAGUAAUUCUGGGGUGCUUAUUUUAGCCAAUUCUUUAAGUUUUUUAUUUAUUCUCUAAGAAAGCAACCUUCCUGUUGCCAGUUUCCAAGAAACAUCAGGAAUUAGGAAAUAUGGGGCCAGAGAGUAGAACAAAGUUUUAAAUGAUCAGAUUUUGUGUAUAUUAUAUAAACAACUAUAAAUUAAGAUAGAUUUUGAAGUGUUCUGUAUAAUUAGUAUCCUUUUAAAAUAACCGAUGCUAAAAUGAUCACUUUGGAGGCAGAGUGAGGACGUAUUCACAGCCAAAUAAGCCCGUCUGAUUAAAGAGGACCAGACCUUGGUUUUUGAAAAUUAAAUUGACAUUGGUGUUCCACCAGAAACACAGUGAUUGUACACUGGUGCGUGCUUGUCUCUAGAAAUGAAUCCUGUUUUGAAAUUGAGUUUUGCUGUUUUUGAAAUUUCCACCUAAAAUCAUCUUUGGUACAGCCUGAGAAUCUCUAUUAUAAUGAAAUUGUGUGUGAAGUAUAGUAAGAACUGGAGCCUUGUAGCAAGUUCCUUCUUAAUUUAUCUGUUAGGUUUUAGCACUGUGCACAUUUUAGUCUUUCUUUUUUUUUUUCUUCAUUUUAGUUUUUCUAUAUCAGCUGUGUAUGUACUCUCCUGCCAGUACAGGAAACUUCAGUCUUCUUUUUUCCUUCUGAAGGUUUUCGAUGAUUAUACCUCAGGUAUUGCUGAUACCUUCCCUGUGAACUCAGAAUUAAACGUUCUCCUGAAUUAUGAUGACCCCAAAUCUGAUGUAAAUAGCCUUAGGCAUGGGUCUUGGGAAAAAAAUUAAUGCCCAUUGUUAAAGUAAUUUUUAAACAAAUUUUGUACUAUAUGUCCUUGAUUUCACCUGAAUGAACAGGCUUUGGCAAAGGGAGGGAAUAAGUGAAAGGCAGCUCACAAGAGCCUGUUCUCUAUAAAAGAUGUAUUUUAUACAGUAUUCAAAGCCUGUUAUUUUUUCUGAACAUUCUGGUACAUAAUUAGUACUUGCUGGUAAUAUUGACUUUCAACAUCUGAAACUCGAGCUCCUAGUGUGUAGUGGCUGAGUAGUUGCAUUGCCAGCCCGGCCCCUGGGAGUGUCAUCGGUGCCCUCUGGGGGCUGCCAGGGAGAUGCUGUUGUUUGAUAUCUGGGGCUUGACUUUGUCAAACAGCUCUUUGUGCAUCUACCUUUGCUUUGUCAAAUGUAAAUCAGAUAAUAAACAUGAGUAUCUUCUUAAAUUUU